AUGACGAAUGCUCGUCUGGAAGCCUCAUUCGAAAUGCAGAAGCAAACAACGGCAGUCGUUGAGAAGGAACUGGAACGUGCGCGAAAGGAAACCGAUCAAAUUCGUGAAGAAAAUGAUCGUUUACGAGCAGGUGAUGCUCAAAUGGCUAGCAGAGUGGAACAAUUGCAUCAGGAACUGAUGGGAUUGCAAACGCAAACGAGCAAUUACAAGAUCGAACUUCGUGCGGUCACUGAGGAGCUGCAACAUGCUCGCUUGACCAUUAAUCGAUUGGAGACCGAAGCUGAGGCUCGCAAGAGAACUUCAUUUAGCGAACAGCAAAUGAUGUUGUCUUUGAAUGAGAUGACAACUCGGCUUUCCCGUGUGGAGUCUGAGAAAACGGCUCAUCUUGGGUCUCAACUUGAUGUUGUCCGUCUCGAGCGCGACAGCCUCAAAACAUCCAACGCUCGUCUCACUGAUCAGCUCUCAAAUUCCAGAAAUGAUGCGAAGCAGGCCCAGGCCCGAUAUGAGGAGGAAAUCUCUCUGCUGCGGCAACAGCUUGCAGAGAAGGAGAAAGAAUUGGCGUUAUGUGAGAGACAACUCAUCGAUUUGCGAGCACGUCUGAGCAAUAUACAAGCACAGUACACUGCUCAAGAAAGUACAGUAGGAAUGACGCCUGAGCGUCUACAGAAAGAGUGUCAGCAGUUGAAGAACCGCUCGCAGUAUCUCUUGAGUGUCUAUGGUAUGACUAACAAUCUAACUAGCCGAGGCAGAAAGACUGUCUAUCAAAAGAGCAACGAAAACGCUAGUCAUGGAAACGAAUUUGAAACAAAUGGCCGAGUUGGGGUCAAUGGAGAGGGAACGUCUCGAAGCCAGGGCGGCGAGCGCAGAAGCGACUCGUUCGAUGAACUCACAGCAAGUAGCGAAUUGUCAACAAAAUUUGUUCAGUUGGAAAAUGAAAUGUCUGACAUAAAAAUGGAUCAGCUGCAGCAGUCAUCUCAACUUCAGCUGAAAAUAGAUAUCCUAGAGGCUCAAAUCAAAGAUGCGGACAAUUCUGUUUCUGAACUGAACGUGUCGUUGAAUUCUGCUCGCGGUGAAAUAGAGAGGCGAGUCUCAGAAUGUAACGAGGCAGAGGAGAAUCUCCGUGCCACUGAGACUACGUUGGCGGCACGCCUUGAAGAAAUGUCUGCAGCAGAAGUGAAAUAUAAUGAAGGCAUCAAGGAGUACGAGAUGAAGUUGGAGCAGUUACUCGAGAAAUAUGAAAACGUAGUUGCUCAAAUGACCGAAACGAGCUCGUCAGUGGAAAUGAAAGACGUUAACGACAUUUCGAUGAAUGCUGAAACGUCGGUGAUCGAAUCGAAUGAAGAGUGUGGUAGCUUUCUUGCGCGAGGAGAAGCAAAAGGUGCGUUGGACGCGAUGAGGCAUCGGCUGUCACUCCAUUGUACACCAUUUCAGGCCAUAUCGAGAUCGAUGACUGCUGAAGUAGAGGUGAAAAGGCUGAGAGCAGAGGUGGCAGAAAUUCGCUCGAAUCGUGAUGAGCUGGCUGCAACUGUCCAAUCUCUACAAUCGGAAGCAAUGGCAAAUGCUAACGCGCUUGCAGAAAAGCCAACUGGUAAGUUAGACCAAAAUCGUGUUGAGUUGGCUGUUGAACAUGUUUCGGCUGAGCGACUGGAGCGAUGGCUCGGUCAACGUCAGAACACUGUGUUCCGGAACGAGAAUGAGAAACUGCACAAGGUGUCGUCUGAGCUUUCCAAACAGAAGAGGGAAUUGGAAACAAAGCUGGAAGGAUUAGUGGCUUCUUCUAAUGAAGCCUCCUCUAAAAUCACCAUGUUGUCAUCUGAAUUGGCUGCAUCGUAA